AGACAAGAAUACACUGUGAGGUCUAAUUUCGCCAUUUUGUACAAUCGUCGACGAAAAACUCUCAGACUGACUUUGGAAUCUUAACUACAACUUCAAAAUGCAGGGGUUGUCAUUAAAGUCACUGAGGUCGCAUUAUGCACUAGUUCCUCUGUUUGUCUCGGUGGUUGGAGGUGCUGUUUUCGCUGCCUUCUAUGUCGGACGUCUUGCACUGAAAAAUCCUGAUGCAGCAUGGGACAGGAAAAACAACCCCCACCCAUGGACGAGGAUAAAGCCUGAUCAGAACAUAAAGUUCUACGCACCUGGGGGAAUCGACUUCAAGAAUCUGAAAGCAAACGGACCCGACAUGAAGUAAAUGCUCUUCAAAUUGCAGUUGUGGCAAUGACAGCAAUACCGUUUGAUUUGAGUCUAGCGUCACUUGGAAACAGCAGAUAUGCCUCCUCUGCUUAAAAUACAUUUAAGAUUUGUACAAAGAAGUUAUUCGUUCAGAAAAUUAAUUACGAUCUUAGAGUUAUAGAGACAGCCAUUUGUAAUUAAUUUUAAAUAAAUGUGUGAUUUUUAGUGUUUUGUUCAUGCUUUAAACUUGGUUUCUGUUGUCAUUUACAUGAAAUAAAGGGGUGUAGUGUGAAAACUAAAAAGAAGGUCUGUAUAGAAGGCUGUAUCAGUCGGACAAUGAGACUUCUGCCAUUUAUUUUGUCAUUUAUUUCUAACAAAUGGUUCCUUCUGAAGAUGAACAAUUUGCCAUUCAAUAAUCCCAUCAUUUAAAAAAAAGAAAAAACGGAUUGUUACUUUUGGAAAAACUUUGGUGUGUCUCAGGCCUGGAAUUUCUUGUUUGAGGGCCAUUGUCAUUUUACAAAGGGCACUUUCAUUGGAAGGGGCUCCAAGGCCAGUACCAGUGUGACAGAAGCCUGCAGUCGCCCUGGCUGCUACAUAAUUCCAGGUCUGCUUUUCUUGCAUAUGGCGAACAGAAUCCUUUUCAUUGUUUGCGUUUCCUUUCUAGUUGCACUCAUGUAUUUAUAAAAAGCAUUUCCGUUAUUUAAUUUGUCAGAAAAUAAUUUUCUCAAGAACUCCACACUUCACAGAAUAUCCUUUUAGUUUGAAAAUGCAAGAGUUAAAAGUGUUUUUUUUUUGUCAAAAUAAGAGAGAGGCUUUAGUCAAAGAAAUUCAAAUUAAUACUAUGAAUAGCUUUUCAUGUUAAAGCUGAAAAUAAGUCUGUUAAAGUUUAACUCAUAUUUGGCUCAUUCAUGCAGAAAGGCUAUCUGUGUAGUAAGCAAAGUUUUCUCAGGUCAAGUAGAGAAUUGAAAUUCAGGACUUUUGUUCUCUUAGAAUCUUCAAGAAAAAUUGUUGUAGCUGCCACACAAAAUCUUUUAUAUAGGCCUGGGGUAGCAACUUGCCCUCAUUUGACUUUUCCUUGACUAAAACUGUGAGGUUGUUGCAAAAUUGUUGUUUCCAACAAUAAAUCAAGAGUUUAGGAAAGUUUUUAUGCAACCAAUGUUCCAACUUGGUUUAUCUGUGAACUUUACUUCCUUGCUCUAUGAUGAUUUCAGACACAUUUGUGUAAGCACAAUGUUUUCUCUAACAAAAAACAACAUCUAUGAAGUCGGAUCUAGGUCGGAGUGUGCUUUUCCUGUAACAUUCAAUCCUUGCAAGCACAAACUUUCUGAGGAAUCUGGGAGCCAGUUUCAUAAAGCUUAUAAAGCAAGAAACCUUCACUUUGCAAAGUUUUUUUGUGUAAAGUUAGCAGGGAAACAUUCAACAAUACUGUGGCAUUUUUGUGUUUUUGCAGUCUCAUAUAACCUGUUUAUGCUGAGCAUGGUUUAUCUGUGCUAAUCGGUUUUGUGAAACUGGGGCCCUGUCUCCCAACAUGUUCAAUUAAUACCAAUAUUAAGUGUGAUUUUAUCUGCAUGCAGGUUGCAUAGUCUUUACAUUUGCACCAUUUAUAAGAUCGAAAAUGCUGAAAUGGAAAUAAACAGUUAUUGAUUGAAAUAAUUGAACACUU